AUGGACGCUUGGCAGAUAUCAGAUCGGCUACUGCACGAUGAGAGCAGCAGCAUGGAGGUCAGGUACUUCUGCGCACAGACUCUGCGAACCAAGGUUCAAAGGGACUUUGAAGAGCUACCCCAGGGUUCCACGCCUUCCCUGCGUGCAUCGCUCCUUGGGCUGCUCGCCAAGUUCAGAAACGGACCAGCUGCAGUGCGCACUCAGCUGUGUCUGGCGAUUGCAGCACUAGCAGCGCACACACCGGCAGGAGAGUGGGGGGAGGGAGGUGUGGUGUACUGGCUGCCGCAGCAGCUAGCAGCACAGCCUGAAUCUGCCCCUGCUUUGUUGGAACUACUGACCGUGGUCGUGCAGGAGGUGGGAGCACACAAGCUAGCUGUGCGGCCGGAGAGGAGGAGGCAGUUCUCAGCAGAGCUAGUGGCGUGUGCACCGGACGUCCUCACCCUCCUCGCUGCCUGCCAUGCCGCACACCCCUCCGAUCCCGCCACUACUGAGGCAGCACUACAUGCGUUCACGGCCUGGCUGCGCUUCAGCAACGGUCUUUCCGCUGCAACUCUCAUGGCCCAUCCGCUUGUACCUGUCGCCCUGGAGGGGUUGCAAUCCGCGGACAUGUUUGAGCCAUCAGUUGAAGCCGUGUGUGAGUUGAUCCGGUUCUCAGUCUCCGGUGGCCCAGCAGCAUUGGCAGCCAACAUGCCGCUGGUGCAGCUGAUAGUGCCGCGCAUCAUGGCACUGCUGCCCCGGUUCUCUGCCGCUCUCAAAGUGGUGCAGGCGCAUCAGCAGGGACAGACUGAUGCGGAGCCAGAGGAGGAUGAGGACACAAUGAAGGCCAUGGCUCGACUGUUCGCGGAAAUCGGCGAGGCAUAUGUGGACCUCAUUGCCAGCGGGUCCCCUGAGUCGAUGAUGAUAGCAGAGGCGCUGGUGCAAGUGACAUCGCACCCAGACUUUGACAUCGCAUCCACCACCUUCAACUUCUGGCAUGCGCUCGGCUCUCACCUCACCACACGGCCGCGGCAUGAGGAGAACGUGGCGUCGGAUGCAGCAGCGCAUGCAGAGAGGGAGAGACGGCUCGCUCUCUUCAAGCCCAUCUUUGAACACCUUGUAUCACUGGUGAGCUUCAGAGUGCGAUACCCCCCUGGCCACGAGAACUGGCGCAGUGACGAGAAGGCAGACUUCAAGCAAACACGCUACGCUGUGGCGGACGUGUUGACAGAUGUUCUGUACGUGCUCGGGGGGGAGAGAUUGCUACAGCUGCUCGCUCAACCUCUCUUCCAGAUAGCGGAGGGAGCAGCAAGGGGGCAGGAGUACGACUGGAGGGCCUUGGAGGCAUCGUUGUACUGCAUCAGAGCCAUUGCAGGCUCGCACCUCCUGCGCGAGCAAACCAUCCUACCCCAGCUCAUGGCGCUGCUACCCAUGCUGCCCCCUCACCCUCAGCUGCUAUACACGGCAUCGCUGACCAUAGCGGCCUACUGUGACUGGAUAGCAGCUGCUCCCAACGCGCCCGCCAUGCUGCCUCCGCUGCUCAGUCUCCUCACCAACGCGCUGGGAGCGGGCGAGGACGCCGCUCCUGCUGCUGCCCUCGCACUGAAACACAUCUGCGAUGCGUCGCGGCAGCACCUGCUGUCGUCGAUCGAGCCGUUGCUGCAGCUGUACAAUCGAGUGAUGGUGUCGGAUGCUGCACUUGCACUGCAGCCAGAGGACGAACUCCAAAUCGUGGAAGCACUCAGUGUGGUGGUGAGUGUGCUACCACCAGAUCAGUGCCCCAAGGCAGUCUCCGCGCUCUUGCAGCCUCUCACUGCAACGCUGCAGCAAGUGGUGACAGCAGCAGCGCAGGCACCAGGAGGGCCGGCAUCUAUGCCAGCAGCGCAAUACGUGGUGCAUAUAGACAGAAUCGCCAACAUAUUCAGAUACGUCAGUCAGAACCAGCCGUUAGCAGACGCCUUUCAACAGCUAUGGCCUCUCUUCCAGGCUGUGUUUGCUCAAAAGCCCACGGACAUGCGAGUUAUGGAAAGGCUAUGUCGAGCAUGCAAAUACGCGAUCCGGGGAGGGAAAACAGCCAUGGCGCCAGUACUAGCGCCUCUCUUGCAGGAGCUACAAGUGCAAUACGAGCAGCACCAACAACCAUGCCUGCUAUACGUGGCCAGUGAAAUCAUCAAGGUGUUUGGCUCAGACGUCAACUGUGCAGCAUACCUGCAGCAGCUCAUCGCAGUGCUCUUUGCCCGCACCACCGCCUCCCUGCAAUCCCUUGACGACUUCACCUUGAAACCGGACGUGGCAGACGACUGCUUCCUUCUAGCGUCGCGCUGCAUGCGGUACUGCGGGCAUCUAUUCGUGCCCACGCCAGCCUUCCUCGCUGUGCUCGACAGCGCCCUUGCAGGCCUUCUUGUGCAGCACAGGGAGGCGUGCAAGUCAGUGCUGAGCUUCCUCAAGGACGUGCUAGACUUCCCCUUCUCGGAGCGUGGUCGGCCCUUCCGCGCCACCAUAGAGGCCGCUGUGGGCCCCCGCGGCCCCACGCUCUGCCGCCUGCUGCUCGCCGCUGCCACGGGCGGACUGCCCGAGUCUCGCAAUGAUGAGGUGGUUGAUCUCCUGGUGGCAUUGCAAGUGUGUUGUGGGGGAAAUGUCUUGCAAUGGCUGCAAGCCAUUCUCGAUGCCAUCCCUGCUGCUGCUGCCUCGCACGCUGAGAGGAUGGCUCUGCUGCAGGCGAUUGCAGCGGCUGGCAAUGCGUCGACGCCUCGCGAUGCCACCAAUCACGUGUUGCCAGCUGUGGACGAUCUGUCAGGCUCAUGUCGGCGGUCAAAGCGUGUGUUAGAUGCUGUGCAGCAGGCUCUGCUAGGGGGUAAGAUCGCUGGGAGCUCUUGCUUCGGCGUGAAAGUUCUUUCUCACAACGUCCGGGGUACAGGUGCAAGCAGCAGAUGCUGGAAGCCGCUGCUUGUCCAGUCAGCGUCAGAGCCGGAGAGAUUCUUCCGAGACCUGUCUGAAGCUGCUCAGAAGAAGGCGAAGGAGGCAAAAUCAAAGGUCGAGAGCUUUGCUCGUGAGAACGAUCUGGAGAAAAAAAUCAAGAAAGCUGCUAAGAGCGCUGCUAGUCGUUUGGAAGAGUUAUCCUUCGAGGCGGAGAGGUAUGCGACCAACAUCGACAGGCGAUACGGCGUGAAGGAGAAGGCGAAUGAGGUGCUUGGAGGCGCGGCGAAUCAGCUUCGGGAAGUGGACGAGAAGCUUCGUGUACGACAGAGGUUUCGUGCAGUUUCUCAAGACUUGAAGCAGAAGUGGCCAAAGUACGAGCGCCAAAUCAACGAGUUUAGGGAAACGCCACUUGGACAGGCAGUCUUCUUUGGUGCCUUCUGCUGGCUGCUGUUAUCUGGGUGGCUCUUUCAACUGUUCUUCUGGUCCCUCUGGCUCAUCCCUUUGCUUCCAUGGAUUGUCCGAAGCAUGGCGGGCAAUGCAAUUGUCGAGGGUGUCUGCCCUUCAUGCGGCCAACGUUUUGUGGGUCCACGUGCACAAGUGCUUGCAUGCCAGCGCUGCAGAGGUGUUGUGUGGAACCCCAAUAUCAAUGGACAGGCUAGCAAGGGGGGUAGAGCAUCCCGCGAUGACAAUAUCCGUAUCAUUGACAUUGAGGCUGAGUAG